AAAUGCACCACGAAGCUUUGCCAGAGGCUGUUUCCGGUGAAAACGUUGGUUUCAACGUUAAGAACGCUUCCGUUAAGGAAUUGCGUCGUGGUUAUGUCACUGGUGACAUAAUAGAGGGCAAUCCCCCCUAAGGGUGCUGCUGAUUUCACCUCCCAGAUUAUUGUUGAGCCACCCUGUUCGAAUUGCCAACGGCCACAUUGUAGUGUUGGAUUGCCAUACGGGGAAUGUUCGCUUUAGUAUCCCUUUUUGAAGAGGUUUGCGCAAAGGGGGAGGGGGCUGGGGGCUUGCUACCCCCCUCAUUUGAAAGCCCACGGAAAAGCUUAGGCGGCGAACAACAAAGAGCACUAAAGGUCUUCAGGGCAYGGCAGUCAUUGGAUCUGCCGGGUGCACGCAAUAAGCUUAUGGGAUUCAGCAUACAACUAUUGGACAAUGUGGACCCUAAUCCCUAUAAUAUGAUAUGUGCGGGCAUUAUACACGCGAACAAAGUAAUGGUUGAUCGUCGUUCUGGUAAGACCACCGAAGAGAACCCCAAAUUCAUCAAAUCUGAUGAUGCUGCCAUCGAGGUAAAUACAAUUACCAUAAGCGGGUAUUCGGUUUUCCACCUUUUGCAGAAGGAUUGA